ACAACGACAACUCAAUGAGAAUCCCUAAAGUGUCAACGUCGACGCGAGGGCACACCUCAUCUUGACUUUGGUGACAAUCGACUUCAUCCAUCGUCCAGCUAGUCUGCGCAGAACAUGAUGACAAUCUCAAGACCUAGCUCGAGACGAGCUUUGUCGAGCAAGUCUCGCUCAAUGACCAGCUUGCUAGACCUACCGGGCGAUGUCCAAAGUCAUAUAGCAUCCUUCCUGGACCUCCCAGACCAGCUCUCAUUCUUGAGCUCUCAUCCUGACUUUCUCUCGCUCGCAAGGACACAUCUCUCCCCACUCUCAUCGUCUAUCCGCAGGAUCUUAGAUGACGGUCCACCCUAUCCAAAUAUCCUAGCCAAGAUUCCAACUCUUAACCUAUUUCUACCGCUUGAAAAUGGGCACCUGUUCGUCGACGUGCUCGUCAGGGCCAGACCAAGGUGGAUACUGGAGCGUUUCGAGCUCGGUCGAUGGCCUGAACGAGUGUGGCGAGAGGCUUUUGAGAGGAGGUUUUUGCCUUCUUGGAGGCGGUUCAAGGGAGAGAAUGAUACGUGGAGAGCGAUCUUCCUAAGAACACUGGGGCGAUUGGAGCAUCGUAAUCUUGGAUGCACACAUGAAGAAUCAUGGACGCGUUUCAUAACGUUGAAUAGGAAUGGUUCUGGAAGCAUCAAUAGGAUGUACUCAAGGCUGUUUGAUCCAUAUGACAUCUAUGAUGAGCUCAAACACCAAAACAACUUUGCCUCUCAACCUACCCAAGUCCGAGUUGUCGUUCAUCUUCAAGAUGUCAGGAUUCUCGCCAUCGGCGUCUUACUGAGCUCCCCAUCACUCUUCGUCAAUCCUAAUGCUCAUCUCCUCCUGCAUCCACCGCUUCUUCGGCAAAUUCCGAUGGACCUUUCCGAUAUCGACGACGUGGACGUACAAAUGACGGUAUAUGACGCCGUCAGAUCAUCCUCUCCUCCGCAAAUACGCACGAGGACUCGAGAAGCGGACUCCUCUGAUUCUGAGCAACCAGUGCUCCCUAUCCCUGUCAAGUCCGGCCGGGCUCGAUCGCCAGUGGAAGCUUCAGGGUCCAGCCCGAGAAUUCGAAAUACACUUGCGGCUCUCAUUCCCGGUAGGGGCAGACGAUCUUCCAAUGGUGCCAAUGGACAGAGCUCAGGUGCCAUCAAUCGUCAGGUGGCCGCCCAAACAAGCACUGGUCGAAGUCUAGACAAUUCCGGCGGGCCGCUCAACCGAAUUCGAAGCCGUGAGACCGGAGAUCAAGGUAGACGCAGGGGCUGGUCUUUGAGUCUUCCAAGAAGUCGCAAUAUGACAGUCGAUGAGCAAGUACCAAGUGCUCAAUCAUCCUCGUCUUCAGAGAUGAUUGUCGAACAGCAUAUUACAGCCCUUUCAGCGAGUUUCGGUCACGUUAUGACUGCCGUACCAGAGGUUCAGUCAAAUCCUCCAGCGGAUGCACCAUCCCGCCCACGGGAAAUUUCCAGUCCCCCUCGUCCACAAGCAAGAUCAUCCGACGCACCGUAUCCGAUUUUGACACAUCCUCAACCUAAUGGCUCGCAUCGAUUCUACCCAAAUCACACGCCUCCCCAUUUCCUCCUUGCGGACGGGAUGGAGUUCAUGGAUAGUUCCGCACCCCCUGCUUCCGAUACGCGCGCCCGCCAUUCAGAGUGCGAAGAUGACGGGAUCGGCAUGUUGUGGUCUGCAGGUGAAGCUCACUGGGGAGAUGAUGGAUCCAAAAUGGCAGAAAUUGAUUCCAGGACAGGAUUGAGAAGCCGAUGGGUGGGGCCGAUGAUUCUUGUGGCCCAACUUCACCCGUGUGAUCGCUCUGCUGCACAUCCAUCUGGUGCCAGUCCUUAUGGACCACUCGAAGGUCAGAAUGUCGAUUUGGGUCCAAAGGGAAUGUACACAAGUAUCGGGUUCGAAGAUCUCGAAGUAGUCGCUCCAUGGGUAGAGCUCAAAGCGGGAGGGGGAAACAGCUCAGAAGCGAGGCGUGAUUUCCUCUCUUAGAGGUCGUCCUUUACAAGUUGACCUCCACGUAGAAGCGACUACAGCGCUCAAGCACACAACGAAAUCCAUCUCAUAUUAUCUAGAAGGGGUAUCUGUAGG